AUGCACGACCCCUUCCCGUUCCCAUGCCCGGACUGGUUACGGCAGCGCAUCGAGCCUUUCGCCGACUACGUCUCUCUCAAGACCCUCCCGCUGCACAUUCACGAAGUGCUUCUCGCGUUCUCCCUCUACUCCACGGUCAACAUCAUCGUCGCGCCCAUCAUCUCGCGGUUUUUCUUUCCGCGAAUAUACCCCAGCUUCAAUGCCCGCACCAAACUUAAUUGGGAUGUGCACAUUGUGUCGUUUGUGCAGAGCACCGUCAUCUGCGUGCUCGCGCUCUGGGUCAUGGCGAACGAUGAGGAGCGCAGCGAGAUGAACUGGGCAGGCAAGGUGCAUGGGUAUACCGGUGCCGGGGGACUGAUACAGGCGUUUGCGGGGGGAUAUUUCUUGUGGGAUCUGGUCAUCACGGUGCAGAAUAUCAACGUCUUUGGGUUGGGUAUGCUGGCGCACGCGGUUUCCGCCUUGUUCGUCUUCUCGCUUGGCUUUAGGCCCUUCGUCAACUUCUACGCGCCCACUUUCAUCCUCUACGAGCUCUCUUCGCCCUUCCUGAACAUCCACUGGUUCUGCGACAAGCUCAAAAUGACGGGCUCUAAAGUCCAGCUCUACAAUGGCAUCAUCCUGCUCUGCACCUUCUUCGGCUGCCGCCUCUGCUGGGGAACGUACCAAUCUGUACGCGUUUUCUACGACGUCUACCGCGCGAUCACAGCUGGCGAAUUCGUCUUGCAAGACCCGGAGCUCGGCAAGCUCAGCAAUGGCACCACCGUUGAUCCCAACGCCAUUCCGACAUCUGACAUCAUGCGAUUCGCCGGCGAGCGUACUGUUCCGCUGUGGCUCGCCGCUUGCUACCUGCUGUCAAACCUGACGCUCAACGGUCUGAACUGGUUCUGGUUUGGUAAGAUGAUUGAGACAAUCAGGAAGCGGUUCGAUCCGCCGCUUGGCACAAGAAAGCCGGAGGUUAACGAGCUGGGAAACGAGCAGGUGCUGGUCGAGGGUAUCAGCCUGCAGUCACCGCCACAGACGCCGUACGCUCAUGCAAGUGGCACCGACGCGAAAGACUAUAUUGGGGCUGUGAAGGUAGAGAAAAAGUCGAACCACUUGGAGAUUGAGCAGAUGGAGAUCAGGAAGAGGACUGGAGAAGAUGGUAGACCGAUGAGCAGCGCGAGAGCGGCAUAG